AUGAGAGAGACACGCUACGAGAGACUCCAGGCGGCGGAUCAGCACGAUGCAGACGCAGAGGCGACUCCACAGAGCCUUCCGGAUGUGGAGUUGGAGCCGAAAGUGGCGUCAGGGAGCGAACUCCUGCCCACCGGGCGGAUGACACUGGCCCAGACUGCCCUCUUCACUCUCUGCCUCAUCCUCAUGUACUUCACCCUGUCCAUUGGACUCACCUUCUACCAACGCUCGCUUCUGCAGGAGUUCAAGUUCCCUCUCAGUGUCGUUCUGUACCAUCUUGUGAUCAAGCUGCUUCUCUCUGGGUUGGUCAGGUGCCUGUACCGCCUGAUCACGGGCAAGCCCAGAGUCGUGCUGAGCUGCAGGAACUUGCUGAAGGUCGUGCCGACUGGUCUGGCCAGUGGGCUGGACAUUGGCUUUUCGAAUUGGGGCCUGGAACUCGUCAACAUCUCACUAUACACCAUGGCCAAAUCCACGACGAUCGUGUUCAUCCUGAUCUUCGGCAUUCUGCUGGGCCUGGAGAAGCGCAGCUGGUCGCUCGCAGCCAUCGUGGUGCUCAUCUCGGGCGGCUUGUUUAUGUUCACCUACAAGUCAGCCCAUUUCGAGGCCAUGGGCUUCAUGUUCCUGCUCAUCGCGUCGCUCUCCUCCGGCAUCCGCUGGUCCUUCGCGCAGCUGCUCAUGCAGAAGUCCAAGCUGGGCCUGCACAAUCCCAUCGACAUGAUCUACUACAUGCAGCCAUGGAUGAUUGUGGCCAUUGUGCCCGUGAUGCUGGGCUUCGAGGGCAGUCGCAUCAUCGAGGGCUGGGCCGCGGUGGCGUCAGCCUCAACCGCGGAAGUCCUCGCGAUGUGGACGAAGAUCACCGUGGGCGCCGUUGUGGCGUUCGCGAUGGAGUGCAGUGAGUUCCUCGUGCUCUCCUUCACGUCCAGUCUCACGCUCUCCGUGGCGGGCAUCUUCAAGGAGAUCUUCCAGAUUGUGCUGGCCGUAGAGACAACAAGUGACAACCAGCUGUCGCUGCACAAUGUGCUGGGCCUGGUGCUGUGCUUAGCUGGCAUCUGUUGCCAUGUGGCUCACAAGUACUGGACCUUCACGAGGGCAGCGCCGUCGGGAGAGCUGAAAGUGGCCUACGAAGCGGAGACACAGAUCGCCACGGCGUCCACGAGCACGGGCGAGACUUCGCGCCAGCAAGUGCCACUCCUGGACACUGACCAGGAGACCAGCGAUGAGUCCGAGGGCGCGACACCGCGCGAGAGACGCACUUCGGAAGUCCUGUUCGACGUACUGAAGCGCAGGGAUGCGCGAAGAUAGGAGGAAACGGACGUAGAGUGGCUCACAGACGAGGAUUUCUUACUUCAAUGACCAAUCCAGUAACACAGUUAGCAUUUUGGGGGAAUGGAAAUGACCAGGGUUCUGGCUUCAGGAGCAUUUUGUGAGUCACUUUAGCCACCACAAUAGCCACAAUUAUAUCAUAAACCACAAUCAAUAUGCAUUCCGAAUGAACGAGAAAACGAGAAAAACCACACAAGAGCGAAAAGAGAAAUUAUGCAGGAAAAUUUUGGGGAUAUUUGUCGUCUUUUUCACACAACUGAUCACUUAAGAGGACUCCGUGUUCAACAGGAGGGAAAAUUUAUGGACUUUUAGAUAGAUUUAUCUCGUGAUAACUUAAGAGUGUCUGCAAAGAUUUAAGUGUGUUUCACAGUGUUUUAAAUGUAAGGAAAAGAAUCAACUUAUUUUCAUUGUUAUAAAUCUGAUUGUAAAAAAAAAAUAUGAAGUCAAUGUGAAAUCUGUGAAAUGUAA